UAAAUUGCAUUUGAAUAUUAUUCACCCUAAGAAAUUUAAUUAUGGAUGUGGACGAAAAUAUCGAAACUGUUAAUGUGGAAAAUGAUGAUGAUAUACUUUGGUCCAUUGAAGAUGACACCUUGUUCCAGCCAUGCGGUCUGAUAUGUCACUCUUCAUCCAGCAACAACAAAACCAAAUCUGUCUUCGUUACAUGGAAUGAAUAUUAUUUGCUGAAUUAUCGCUUUAAGAAAUCGAAGAAAACAAACAGAAUGGAAAUGACGAAGGUCCGCAUUCCACUACCAAAAGGUAGUCAUCUGCGCAGUAUUCACAUGCUGGAAUACAAUACUCUGCUGCUAAUGUCGGACGGACGAGUUCAUUGUUUUGGCUCGAUCAAAUCAUUGCAUCUCAUAUCCUGGUUAAAGGGUGUGCGGGCGUUUGCGCGCACUCAAGAAGGAUUUAGUGUGGUGCGCUAUGAUGAUGAUACUCAGAAGUUGCUGCUACAGGUUUAUGUGGAUUUGCCCAGUUUGGGGAAGGGCGAAAGCACUCUACAGUACAGCUACGACAUUACCUAUGACGAACAAAAUAUAUUUCAAUGCGACUGGCAGAACGAUUCCUACACCUUGCUCACGGUCACCGUUACGCAGGAGCACGAGAAGUUUAUGCAGUGUCUCUUUGGAGCUGCAGCAGUUGCCGAUAAGCAAAUACACUUAUUCAGCAUUGCUGGUCACGUAUUUGCACUAUCUCCACAGGAGGCGGACGACGAUGAAGAUGUGGACACGGAGCUGGCCUACCACAUUGAGCUGAUCUGCAUAUAUACCACACCCGUUCUUUUUAUGCGUUUACUGCCCGCACAGAAUUUGUGCUUGGUUUACUUGAACUGCGGCACUGUGGACAUUUGGUACAUGUCUCAAUUGCUAGGCAUAAAGCAACGGCAGAUGCAUUAUACUGGUAUCGAAUGGUUGGACUUUGAUGUCAGCAGCGACAAUGGUGAUUUCUACUACACGGAUGGAGAGCAGCUGGUACGCUUGAGAUUCAAAUAUGAUGCCCAACUAGAUGAUUGCCAGGUGCAGCGAUGUGUGAAGUCCGUGCCCGGCAUGCAAGCCUGCGCCUGGGUGCAGCACAUUGAGCAGCUUGUAUGCCUCAGCGACAAUAACAUUUUUUAUCGGAUCGCAUUUAGUGUGGAUCAGCUAUCAGACGAAGCUGCCGACACAGAGCCUGGUAUCAUGUGUGAUCUUACACCAGCAGCCAUGGAGCAACUGCGUCGCAAUGCUCAAGUUCUGCAGCAAUAUGAAAAACAACAACAUGAACUUAUGGCAGCCAUGCAGCGCGAAUAUGAGAAGCAACAACUGGUUGCGGUUGCUCGGAACGAAGCCAGCUUUGACGGCAGCUUAGAGGCAACACUGGAGUUCCACAGACAGCUGCCAGUCUUUGGAGUUGAGGUACUGCUGUUGCAUACAGCCAGGCAGGCGCAACUUGAUAGCACUGGUAUUUAUGCUAUAUUGCAACUAAGAUUUAAUGAUUGCCAAAAGUUGCUCAAUAGCAGUCACUGGCAAUUGAUGGUCUAUCACGGACAGAAUGUCCAUGUGCAUCGAAUACCCACGGAUUUGCUUUUGAGUCGCAAAUGUAAAAUUAUAAUACCAUUGAAGAAAGUUUUCGAAGAGCGAUUGCCCGAAUUCACGAUUCAACUUGUUGCGUUUCUGGAGCUGCACACACAACUAAGCGCAGUCCUGCUGCCAUUUCAAGUGCAGGAGCACGGCGAUACAUAUCGAGCGCUAUUUAGUGGACAACUUUGCUCCUUAAAUCUGCUUAAUAAACCGAAAUUAGCAGAUAUUGUGCCUAAGCCAACCACGCGUAAAAAGCCUAAAGUAGAACAAAAGAUGCUGUCGCCUUGUUGCCUUACUUUAGAGCAAAUUGCUGAUAUUUGUAAUGCCAAUGACAGAAUUGAAACUAAUAUGCUAGACUUAUACUUUCUAGAUAGUAAAGUAAACAUUUCUAGCAGCAUAGAGGGUGGCAAAACUGUUUUAACCAUACAAAGUGAAGAUGUUACGGCAGUGUAUCAUCUCAAGCAACAUUUAUUUUUAAAUGCGGAUCCAGAAAAAGAGCCUUUAACAGCAGACGCAUCGGCACACUUAAAAAUUUUGAAAUUACAACAUGAAAUUGAUCGGUUUUAUGGUGUUCAAAAUACUGAAGAGGAAUUUGAAGUGAACGCCCAAAUACAUUUAGAGUCAUUGUUACUAAAAUAUAAUACAAUACGUAAUACUGUUUUUUAAA